AUGAGACGUAGUUCAACUUAUCCAGGUUAUGAUAAUGUUUCUAGUGCACUUGUGCUAUCAUUAGUACAAAUUCAUGCAGCUGACAAAUGUGCAGCUCCCGAUGUUGCCUUUUGUGAUUUUGUUCAAUGUGAAAAUGGACGAUGUGUAGAAGAUAAAACAAGUUCGGAAUGUUUUAAAUGUGAAUGUAGUGCUGGAUACACAGGCAAAAUGUGCGAAACAUCAAUUGAUUUAGCAAAUUUAGGUAAUCCCGGUUGUAAUGUACCAAAUCCAAGGAAACUUAUGAACCCUUAUGUCUAUGUUUUCGAUCCACAAAUUAUUAUCCAGCAGAAUGUGAAUCAGAAAGGAUUGGUUGUGAUGGAAGGCAAAUUGACAAAACCAUUCACGAAUGACCAUGUAAAGCUUUCAGUCAAGUAUCAGGAUGACCAAGGGAAUUGGAUAACAGGCUGGUGUAAGACACUCUAUUCUUACAAUCAAUACAAUGAAAAUGUAAGAUCUGCAUUUGAACUACCUGCAUCUGCCUUAAGUUCUUACAACGUAAAGAUCGAACUAAGCUCUGAUACCGACCUUACAAGCUUCAACAGUGUUGUUUGGGACAAAACCAUCAGUCAUUACAAGUUCGGUGAUUAUACAACAGCUAAUUGUGAUCUGGACGAAAAUGAAUAUACAAUAUUGUUGACUCCUAAAAAAGAAGGAACUUUAAUUACUGAUGCAAACGGGCUGAUUACAGGAGUUAAGGACAGGGUGACGUCUGCACAUUCCUGGAAUAGACUCAAUAUAGGCUAUUCAUUGGAUAAUAAGAAGGACGAUAUUAUUUUUUCUCUUAAAAAUCCUGCAACAUUAUUUAUCGACUCCAAUGGUGCAAAAUCCAUAAAAAUGGUAAAUCAAGGAGCAAUAAGUGAUACAUUAGGCUCGACUCCUGAAUUUAUUUACGAUGUCGGUCCAGGGCAUCCAAUUCCGUACUUAUACAGCUAUGAAGAUCCUGUAUAUAUUUUUGCAGGCAAAUUUUCAGUAAAUGGAUUUUUCAUAAAAUUCAACCAGUGGCCUGGUGAACCAAACGGUCCCGGAUAUCAUAACUUUAAAAAUCCUAACAGCCUCCAGAGCAGAUAUUUCAAUUUAUACAACACUAUUAAUGAAAAACUAUCAGACUUUAUCAGCGAUCAAGAACCUGUAGUAUUGGUAUCGAGUAUGACUACAGGCUUCAGGGUUUAUAAAAGCGACGGAACUUUUAUAAAUCUAACAGGCUCAAGCAAUUAUGGACCAUUAUUUUUUGGCUAUGGUAAUCUUGGUAGCAGCCGCAGAGGACCCGGAUCAGAAAAUCUUAUCAUUUCAAAUACUCCUGAAAUGACAUUAUAUGGUAUGGGUGCAUUGCGAAAUGACUUCGUAAAUUUUGUUCCCGGCUAUCCAUCUAUCCGGUCAAUGGAAGAUAUUGAAAAAGAAAUUUCUAAAUUCAUUAAAUAUACUGGUAUAUUUGGAAACUCUGCAACGUAUGAUGAUACUUCGGAAUGUGCUUCCGGAUGUUUUACAGCAAAUCCUAGUGCCAUUUCAGAUUACGAUGUAGUAGAUUGGACAAAAGCACCGAACAGCUAUAUUUUCACAGGAAAAGAUAAAAACGGCAACGACGUUGAUGGUCUUUACAUUCCUGUAAAAAAAGCCUAUGAAAUGUGGUCUAAAGGUGGUGAGUUCAUGAAAGAUGAUAAUGGAAAUUACACUCCUAUUCCAUUGGGAACAGCUAAAGCAGGAUUAUAUUGGGAAGACGAGGCUGGACUACUCAAAUCUGUCACUUUACAAGGAACAGGUGAAAAUGCUAAAAUUCAAGUUUUAGUCAAUAAACUUAAAGAAGGAAAUGCAGUAGUUUCAUAUAAAGUAAACGAUAAAGUUUAUUGGACAUGGCACGUUUGGGUAACAGAUGAUCCAACUAUAAACGGAAGCACCUAUCACCUUGGUUUCGAAAAAGAUAAAAACGGACUCCCAGUCACAGAUUGGAAAUGGAUGGACAGAAACCUUGGAGCAACAAGCGCAAACUUCCUGGGUAACGAUUGGCAUAAAUCACAAGGAUUACAAUACCAAUGGGGAAGAAAAGACCCUUUUCCUGCUCUUACACGCAAAGAUGGUACAAUGUAUGAGAUUUCAGGAGAAGCUGGACACAUAAGAAAUCUAGGAGCCGUUUAUAGCAAAGGAUCUACUUCCGUAUUGCCUGUAAAAUAUAGAGGAAACUUAUAUCCACAAGAUAAUACAGGAUUUGAUACGCCAAAUGGAAAUAUUCGUUAUUCUGUUCAAAAUCCAAUUCACAUGAUCAUUCCACCGCUUUAUAUUAAAAAAUACAAUGAGACGGUGAAUAAUAAUGGAGAAGAUAUGUUUGUUCAAAACAGUGGCAAAACAUGGUAUCUCCAAAGAUAUACAACAUGGUUCUCUAAGCAGAAAUAUAGAAACGAAUUCAACACAGAUGCUUUUAAAAAUGUUGCCUGGGAUCUUUGGGGAGAUACACGAGGAGGCAAAAUAAGUGACUUAAAUAACAUUGCAUUAGCAGAAGAAAGUAAGCGUUACGCAAUGAAAUCACCUUAUGAUCCUUGCCCAUGCAACUGGAGAAUUCCAUCGUAUUAUGACAAUAUCGGCAGCCACACUAAUGACAAUAAUGCUUCUCCGUGGGGAAGAAUCGGCGGUGCUAAUGAUGUCGAUACUUUCACAUCUGAUCCAGCAACUUCAAGUACUAGAUUUCCAGGAAUAAAGAUAUAUCCUGGAUUGGGUUACGACUUUACAGGAGUUCCUGGCCGUAACUUAGGGCUGAUUCCUAUCAAUGGAAACUAUGAAUAUUAUCCUAAUUAUGUAACUAUUAAUACCGUAACAUCAUCCGGAUUAGUUACACCUAAGAUCUUAUAUCAAGAUGGUUCGUCAGACGGUGGAUUGAGCUCAUCUACAUUUUCAGUGGGAGCAUCUGGAGGGGGACCAUGGUAUGGACCAAGAGGUUUAGCAUAUAUUUCAGAUCCUGGUAACGUAAAAGAAACAGCAAAUAAUUUCGGAUGGUACACAAUAAAUUCCCUUUCUCAUGAUGGCAAUACUCAUGAAACAGCUGGGAUAAGAUGUAUUAAGGAUCCUAAUAACGCUUAUAUGGCUGCUGAUUUUGAAACGGAAUUCAUCAAAACACCAAACGAAGAAUAUCCAUUAGCAACUUUGAGAAACUGGGCAAAAGAUCCGAACAGCUAUGUAGAAUAUACUAACAGCGCAGUGACAACAGCAAAUCUGGCAGAAAAAGAUCGUGUUAUUGAUAUUCCUUUACGUAAGGCGUAUGCAAUGUAUAAAUUACAUAUAAGUACAACAGAAGAAUAUCCUCAAGGAAACAUUAAAUCAAGCUCUGUAGUAUGGACUACCAAUACAGGUCUGAUACAAAAUAUAGAGAUCAUCGAUGGAACUAAAGAAACAGCUAAACUUCGAAUUACUUUAAAUGAAAAUCAAUUUGGUAAUGCUGUUGUCGCUUUCCAUAUAGGAAACUCUGGCCAGUGGGCAAACGGAAAAAUGGAAGAUCCUAUUAUUUGGAGCUGGCAUAUCUGGGCUCCUGAAACAGUUGUAGGAUCAUUAGAUUAUGAAACUGAAACUGCAGCAAACGGAGGCAUUGUAAACGUUGCCAAUUCAGCAUUUGUAAAUCCUGUGAAAAGUAUUGGAGUUCCGUUGAAAACCACCUUUAUGGACAGAGAUUUGGGAGCUUUAAUGGUAUUCCCAAAAGAGGCUGCAGGCGGUAGUGCAUCAUAUCUCUAUAGCUAUGUUCCUCAAUUCAGUAAAAGUGGAGGCCUGCAUUUCCAAUGGGGAAGAAAAGAUCCUCUACCUGUUUUCUUCAAUGCUGGAGGCAAUUAUUAUUUCAGAACAGCAGUAAGCAGCCAAGAAAGCAUGUAUAAAAAUUUGAACAGAUAUACAAUCCGGAUGCAAAACGGACCAAUCAGUAAUGGAGUAAUUCCUUAUUCAGAAGCUAUUGACAACACUAAUUAUAUGGUCAAUUACUCUAAAGAAUUUUCAACAGAUUAUUCUUCGGUGGUUUCAUCUACAGAUUCUAAGAAGGAUAAAAUUAAGAAAGUAUUGAUGUACUCUGUAAACAAUCCGCUAUACUUCUUACACCAAAAUCCUUCUACGGAAACAAAUCAAUUUAAAAAAGUACGAGAUUGGGUAUCUGAUGAAAAUGGUCAGUUUACAGACAGAUGGGGACACGCUACAGAAAAAUCACCUUUUGACCCAUGUCCUGAAGGAUGGAGAAUACCUGAUACUUUCUCUGCAAGCAUGCACGGUACAGAGCCUAAAUUAGGCAAUUUUUAUUCUUACUGGCCAUUCUCUCACGGAAACAAUCCCUGGUAUUAUAAUGGUUAUCAGGCUUCAGGUACAGGACAAUACGGAUUAUCACCUUCAAGUGUAUACCACGUUAGAAGAGAUGCUUAUUCACCUGCAAACAAAUUGUAUCCGGGAAGCAGAUCUGCAAUUUCUAACUAUCCUGCUACCAGAUUUGGAUUUGUUUUCAACGAUGACAGAUAUAAAAUCGGCAGUUAUCCAAAUAACGGGAUUCGAGGCUUUGACGGAGGGAAAGAUCUAACUAUGGUUACAACUGAUGGGCCUGAUAGAUUAAGAUUUCAUAUGUCAGGAGUUUGGACAGCUUCACCUACUGACGCUUACUCGGGAACAGCUAUUGGACUGCAUUUCAAUAUAGAAUCCUCAGCCGAGUUCAAUAUGCAAACAGGAUAUCCUUAUUAUCCACAAGCAGCAAUGUCUUGCCGUUGUGCAAAAAUUAAGUAUGAUGGAAACGGAAAUGAAAUUGGAAGAUAUGAACCUACUGCUAUCGAAGUUCCAAAGAACGCUACGACAAAAACCGUGAAUGUUUUCUAA